CAUCUUCUCUCAAGAUGUGAAGGCUUUUUAUCAGGCAAACAAAUAAGGACGAUUAUUAAAGAGCUUUUUGACUUUUAUUAACAGUCCUUGGGUUUUAGAUUAUAAAAGCGCAGGAUCAAGCAUUUGGACGGAUAUAUCAGAAGCGUCAACGCUAUAUUUUUAAAUAAUUAACUAAACUUUUCAGACUAAUACGUUGAAACACCUGGAGUGUAAUUUUUGUGAAUGCAGCAGUGCUCUGGAAAAAUGUGGAACUGCAUUACAGAUUUCUUUACCUAUGAGACGACCAAGUCCGUGGUGGUAAAGAGCUGGACCAUCGGCAUCAUAAACCGUGUCGUCCAACUCCUCAUCAUCACAUACUUCAUUGGCUGGGUGUUUUUGUAUGAGAAAGCAUAUCAAGUGAGAGACACAGCUAUCGAAUCAUCAGUCAUGACUAAAGUGAAAGGGUUUGGAGAGUAUAACAACCGGAUCAUGGAUGUAGCUGAUUAUGUCACACCUACUCAAGGGGCGUCAGUGUUUUGUGUCAUCACUAAGCUCAUCACGACAGAAAACCAAGUUCAGGGACACUGUCCAGAGAGUGAGUUGAAAUUCAAGUGUGACAGUGACAGUACUUGUAAGAAGCUGAUGUUAAAACCAUCUAGCAAUGGGUUGCUGACUGGACGAUGUGUGAACUUCAAUGCUACCCAAAAAACCUGUGAAAUCAAAGGAUGGUGUCCUGCAGAGAUUGAUGAAAUUCAACCGAACCCCAUGAUGGAGGUGGAGAACUUUACCAUCUUCAUCAAGAACAGCAUACGCUUCCCACGUUUUAACUUUACAAAGGGAAACUUUUUGCCCAACAUCAAUAGUACCUACAUAAAGAAAUGUAAUUUCGACUUUGAGAGUAACAUGUAUUGUCCAAUAUUCAAAGUAGGGGAUGUGAUCCGAUUUGCACAGCAAGACUUUACCACUCUUGCUACUCAGGGGGGAGUUAUAGGGAUAAAAAUAGCAUGGGUUUGUGAUUUAGACAAGGCAGAUGAUGAGUGCAAGCCAGCCUACUCUUUCACUCGCCUGGACGCCAUGUCAGAGAAGACCACUGUCUCUCCAGGAUACAACUUCAGGUACGCAAAGUAUUUUAAAAUGGAGAACGGAACCGAGUAUCGCACUCUGCUGAAAGCCUACGCCAUCAGAUUUGAUGUGCUGGUUAAUGGAGACGCAGGAAAGUUUGACAUGAUCCCAACUCUAAUCAACAUGGUUGCUGCGUUUACCUCUGUUGGUGUGGGUACAGUGCUUUGUGACAUUAUUCUGCUGAACUUCUUGAAAGGAGCUGACCAAUACAAGGCCAAGAAAUUUGAAGAGGUCUCAGAUUCACAUAUUCAGAGCAAUAAUUCAUUUUACAGAACCAGAGACCAAAGCCAGCAUUCAAUCAAAACUGACGAGAAGUUCUCCAACGACUCUGGAGCAUUUUCCAUUGGACAAUAUAGUUAAUAGUGCUGAUCACAGCACAUGGGGAAGGACUGAAAAAGUUCUUCAUUAAUUCAGUGCACUCAUACGAGUCAUAAUUAUGAUCAUUUUUUCCACUAAACCUAGACCUUUCCACAUAGAACCGUCUAGACCAAUAUACCAACAUUAUGAAUAAAUAAUCAAAGAUUUACCUUCCAUAAGCUAUUAACUUCUAAAACUGAACUCCCUCCUACCCCAAUUUUACAUUUGCCUUAAACAUAAGGAGUAUUUUCACUUUAUAGCCAUGGCCCAAAUCUUAAACAUCUCAAAAUCAAUCAGUCAAAAUGAAUUAUUUACCUGACUAAUAAAAAAAACUACAUUUUGUAAAUAGUAACGUUAAAUCGUAAGUAAAUGUUCACACUUUAUGUAUGCUCAUAGUGUUUGCAUGGCCUUAAAUAGUAAUUAGUUAAUUAUAUUUAAUAGUUCAUGUGAUUGUAUAGUAUACACCCAAAUGUAGUUAUGCCGCUGUAUGUGUUAUUUUUAUUUUGUGAAUUAUUGUUAAACUUAUUGUUAAAGAAUAUCAGUCACAUCUUUGGCUAAGUGUGGAUGGAAACAUUGCAUGACCAACUUUUUCUGAACUAAUACAAGUUGUUAAUACUUUGUUUAUACUACAACUAAUUCCAUUCGUUUGCUUGUAAACUUUGAUGCAGGUUACG